GUACUCGAAAUUAAGUGAGAUUUGAUUUAGGGCCAAAUUUUUGGAAACCCCGACCGAUGGGCUUUCAGCUUUGAACCUUCUUCAGGUGGGGUGGAAAUUUGAAGAAAAGUCCAUAAAUGGGUUCCAGUUCCAGUUCCAGUUCCAGCCCAUGAUAGAUCCACGUUCUGUUUCUUCUUUCGCUUCGAACUUCAGAGGCAGAGACAGCGAGAGGGAGUUGAAUCAACCCAAAGAAAGAUCGUUCGUUAAUUCAGCAGUUCUACUCUGUCUAUGGGCAUAUGACACCAUAGCUGUACAGCUUAAAUCUCGGUAGAAAAUGGAGUGGACGACGAUUCAGCAUCUGGAUCUACGGCAUGUAGGGAGAGGCACCAAGCCACUGCAACCGCAUGCUGCCGCAUUUCAUCCCCAUCAGGCACUCGUUGCCGUCGCCAUCGGGACUUAUAUCCUCGAAUGUGAUGCAUUAACUGGCUGCAAGAUCUCUUCCAUUGACAUUGGUGCUCGAGUUGUUCGCAUGUCUUAUAGUACCACAAGUGGGCAUGCUGUGAUCGCGAUGCUUGAGGAUUGCACAAUUAGGUCCUGUGACUUCGACUCGGAGCAAACUUGUGUCUUACAUUCCCCUGAAAAGAAGAUGGAACAGAUUUCAUCUGAUGCAGAGGUGCAUCUUGCAUUGACACCUCUCCAACCUGUUGUGUUUUUUGGAUUCCACAAAAGGAUGAGCGUGACAGUUGUUGGGACGGUUGAAGGGGGUAGGACACCAACAAAAAUUAAGACAGACUUGAAGAAACCCAUUGUCAAUCUUGCAUGCCAUCCUCGCCUACCUCUAUUGUAUGUGGCAUAUGCUGAUGGUUUGAUUCGAGCGUAUAACAUUCAUACUUAUGCUGUUCAUUAUACUCUGCAACUUGACAACACUAUAAAGCUCAUUGGUGCUGGUGCAUUUGCAUUUCAUCCAACUCUAGAAUGGAUUUUUGUUGGUGAUCGAAGGGGUACACUUUUGGCAUGGGACGUUUCAACCGAUAGACCUAAUAUGAUUGGAAUUACUCAAGUAGGUUCCCAGCCAAUUACUUCAGUUGCGUGGCUACCGAUGUUACGGUUACUUGUUAGUCUCUCCAAAGAUGGAAACCUCCAAGUUUGGAAAACACGAGUCAUACUGAAUCCAAAUAGACCUCCCAUGCAAGCAAAUUUCUUUGAGCCUGCAGUGAUUGAAUCCAUCGAUAUACCUCGCAUCCUUUCUCAGCAGGGCGGAGAAGCAGUUUAUCCUCUGCCUAGGAUCAAAUCAUUAGAAGUGCACCCUAAACUCAAUUUAGCAGCAUUGCUGUUUGCAAAUAUGUCAGGGGCUGAUACUGUUAAAAACAGGGCUGCAUACACAAGGGAAGGGCGAAAACAACUAUUUGCAGUUCUGCAAAGUGCAAGAGGAUCUUCUGCAUCUGUUUUGAAAGAAAAGCUUUCGUCCCUGGGUGCAUCUGGAAUAUUGGCUGACCAUCAACUUCAAGCGCAGCUGCAAGAACAUAAUCUGAAAGGCCAUCAUAGUUCACUUACUAUAUCAGACAUUGCACGGAAGGCUUUCCUUUACAGCCAUUUUAUGGAAGGCCAUGCAAAAAAUGCUCCUAUAUCUUGGUUACCUCUUAUCACAAUUUUAGAUUCUAAACAUCAUUUGAAGGAUGUUCCAGUUUGUCAGCCCUUUCAUUUGGAGUUGAAUUUCUUCAGUAAAGAAAAUCGAGUUCUUCAUUAUCCUGUCAGGGCUUUUUAUGUAGAUGGUCAAAACCUCAUGGCAUAUAAUCUAUGCUCUGGAUCAGAUAGCAUCUAUAAGAAACUUUAUACAUCGAUUCCAGGAAAUGUUGAAUUCCAUCCGAAGUUCAUUGUUCACAGUAAAAAGCAGCGUUUAUUUCUUGUAACUUACGAGUUUAGUGGUGCCACAAAUGAAGUUGUACUUUAUUUGGAAAAUACUGAUUCUCAAACAGCAAACAGUAAAUGUACCACGGUCAAAGGUCGAGAUGCUGCUUUUAUUGGCCCCAAUGAGAACCAGUUUGCUAUUCUUGAUGACGAUAAGACUGGACUUGCUUUAUAUAUACUGCCAGGAAAGACUUCACAAGAGAAUGAAAAUGAAAAAGUUCUUGAAGACAACCACAGUGCAGAUACUAACAACAAUUCUAUCCGUGGGCCCAUCCUGUUUUUGUUUGAAACUGAAGUGGAUCGUAUCUUCUCUACUCCAUUAGAAUCAACAUUACUGUUUGCAUCUCAUGGGGACCAGAUUGGCUUAGCAAAAAUGGUUCAGGGAUAUCGGCAUUCAAAGGGUGAUGGUAACUAUAUACCAACGAAGGGUGAAGGGAAAAAGUCAAUUAAGCUGAGAGUAAAUGAGAUUGUACUUCAGGUUCACUGGCAAGAAACUCUUAGAGGGCUUGUUGCUGGAGUAUUAACCACCCAUAGAGUGCUUAUGGUUUCAGCAGAUCUUGAUAUACUGGCAAGCAGUUAUGCUAAAUUUGAUAAGGGAAUUCCUUCAUUUAGAUCCCUGCUUUGGGUUGGACCUGCGCUUGUCUUUUCUACAGCAACAGCAAUUAGUGUGCUUGGCUGGGAUGGAAAAGUGAGGACCAUUCUUUCAAUCAGUAUGCCUUAUGCAGUUCUGGCUGGUGCUUUGAAUGAUCGAUUAUUGCUUGCUAAUCCAACAGAGAUAAAUCCCAGACAGAAGAAGGGAGUGGAGAUAAGGAGUUGUCUUGUUGGACUUCUUGAACCUCUUCUAAUUGGAUUUGCUACAAUGCAACAACGAUUUGAGCAGAAGCUUGAUCUUUCAGAAAUAUUAUAUCAAAUAACAUCAAGAUUUGAUAGCUUGCGUAUCACUCCAAGGUCUCUUGAUAUUUUAGCUGGUGGUCCUCCUGUCUGUGGAGAUCUUGCAGUGUCCCUAUCUCAGGCUGGCCCACAGUUUACUCAGGUGUUGCGGGGUAUUUAUGCUAUUAAAGCUCUCCGAUUUUCUACUGCUUUAUCCGUUUUAAAGGAUGAAUUCUUACGUUCUAGAGAUUACCCAAGAUGCCCUCCAACCUCCCAUUUGUUCCAUCGGUUUCGGCAGUUGGGUUAUGCAUGUAUCAAGUUUGGUCAGUUCGAUAGUGCCAAAGAAACUUUUGAAGUUAUAGCAGACAAUGAAAGCAUACUUGAUUUGUUUAUCUGCCACCUUAACCCCAGUGCAUUGCGUCGUCUUGCUCAAAAAUUGGAAGAGGAUGGCACUGAUUCUGAACUGAGGCGAUAUUGUGAGCGAAUUUUGAGGGUCCGCUCUACUGGAUGGACACAAGGCAUUUUUGCUAAUUUUGCUGCUGAGAGCGUGGUUCCUAAAGGUCCAGAAUGGGGUGGUGGAAACUGGGAAAUCAAAACUCCUACCAAUUUGAAGGCUAUACCUCAAUGGGAACUGGCUGGUGAAGUGAUGCCAUAUAUGAGAACUGAUGAUGGUUCCUUACCGUCAAUUGUUGCAGAUCAUAUUGGUGUUUACCUCGGCUCAGUUAAAGGUAGAGGCAGCAUUGUUGAAGUAAGGGAGGACAGCCUGGUCAAAGCCUUUACACCUGCUGGAGGAAGUGUUGAUAAGUCCACUGGGCUUCAGACGCCAUUAGCAAAAUCCAUUUCUAACAAAUCCAAGGCAUCUUCUGAUGGUGAGCCAAAGGAUAAUUUGAUGGGUCUGGAAACACUAAUGAAACAAUCUUCUUCUUCAGCUUCUGCAGACGAACAAGCUAAAGCAGAAGAAGAAUUCAAGAAAACUAUGUAUGGUACUACUAACGAUGGUAGCAGUAGUGAUGAAGAGAAUGUUUCAAGAACUCGUAAGAUUCACAUUAGAAUACGAGAUAAACCAGUUACAUCUGCAACGGUCGAUGUGAAAAAGAUUAAGGAAGCUACUAUGCAAUUUAAACUUGGGGAAGGAUUUGGUCCACCCAUUAGCAGAACCAAGUCAUUGACUGGUAGCUCCCAGGACCUUAUGCAAAGUUUGUCCCAACCUCCUGCUACAACUGCUGCAACAGCUCCAAUAGUUUCUACUGCCCCGAUUGAUCCUUUUGGCACGGAUUCAUUGAUACAACCUGCACCAGUAUUGCAGUCUGCUGCUUCCCAGGGCACGGGUGGGGGAGUUGCGGCCAGACCCAUUCCAGAGGACUUCUUUCAAAAUACAAUUCCUUCUCUUCAGAUUGCAGCUUCCCUUCCUCCUCCUGGAACUUACCUUUCACAGCUAGAUCCAGGUUCUCAUGGACCCGAGAGCAACAAGGUCUCUUCCAACCAGGUUAAUGUAUCUGAAGUUAGUGUUGGCCUUUCAGAUGGUGGUGUUCCCCCUCAAGCGACCCAGCAACCAGCAAUUCCUGUAUCAUUCGAAUCAGUUGGACUACCGGAUGGUGGUGUACCACCCCAGUCAUUGGGUCAGGCCACUCCAAUGCCACCGCCUCAAGUUCAGGCAGUUCGGCCUUCACUUCCCUCGCAGCCUCUUGAUCUCAGUGUCCUAGGAGUUCCAGAUUCUGGUGAUUCUGGAAAGCCUGCACCUCAACCAACUUCUGUGCGACCUGGACAGGUUCCUCGUGGAGCUGCUGCUUCCGUAUGCUUCAAGACUGGUCUAGCGCAUCUAGAGCAGAAUCAUCUUUCUGAUGCUUUGUCUUGUUUUGAUGAAGCUUUUCUUGCACUUGCCAAAGACCAUUCUCGUGGAGCUGAUAUUAAAGCUCAAGCGACCAUAUGUGCGCAGUACAAGAUAGCAGUUACCCUUCUUCAGGAAAUUGGACGACUGCAAAGAGUUCAAGGACCGAGUGCAAUCAGUGCCAAAGACGAGAUGGGCAGGCUAUCACGCCAUCUAGGUUCUUUGCCUCUUCUGGCAAAGCAUCGAAUAAAUUGCAUUCGAACUGCCAUAAAACGGAAUAUGGAGGUUCAGAAUUAUUCUUAUUCCAAACAGAUGCUUGAACUUCUCUUCUCCAAAGCUCCCGCAAGUAAGCAAGACGAGUUGAGGAGCCUCAUUGACAUUUGUGUCCAAAGGGGCUUGAUGAACAAGUCCAUCGAUCCACUCGAAGAUCCAUCGAUGUUCUGUGCUGCCACCCUCAGCCGAUUGUCGACAAUAGGUUAUGAUGUAUGUGAUCUUUGCGGUGCUAAAUUUUUGGCUCUAACAUCUCCUGGAUGCAUAAUCUGUGGCAUGGGAAGCAUCAAAAGAUCAGAUGCUCUCGCAGAGCCUGUACCGUCACCGUUUGGCUAAAAUAACUACUCUCUGCUUUGAAGUGAACUUUCAGGAUUUGGCCAUUACUUGUGGUUUGCUUCCAUACUCCAACAAAGCUGCUGCAACAGAAAGCAUUUGAAAACUGCUUUUGGAGAGAGUACUAGAGUUCAUGUAUUAUAUAUAUAUAUAUAGUUUGUGUUUUUGGAUGUGUAUUUUUCCCCUCCAUCUCUUCGCCUCCAUUGGGGCUCCAUUGUUUUUAUAUAAAUCCAUUAUUAGUGAUUGGUAGCUUGGCUCAGGGCUUUUUUUUUGGAUACAUUUUGCUGUAUUUUGUAUUUUGCUGGUUAGGUAUCUCAUUCUUUUUCACCCUCUAUUAGCUUUUGGAAUUGGUUUUGUUGACUGAAAAAUGUAGGAACAAGAGAUAUUAACAAGUAACCUAUUUACAGCUUCUGAUUA